GAAUCUCUAUUCAAUUCCAUUGAUAUAUGUCAGAAUAGAUAGUGUUUUGAGUUAAGAGAGGAAGAGUUGCGUUGUGGGUUGGGAAUCAUGUCGGAUCCUUACGAGCGGGUGAAAGGAGGCAGAUUAGCAUUCAAAGGAGGAAAACUCGCCACCCGCACAAAAACCAUUGACAAGAAGAAAAAUAAAAAGAAAUUGAAGAAGGACAAGAACCCUAACCCUAACCCUAACGAGGAAGAAGACAACGAACAACAGGGUGAGGGUGAGGGUGAGGGUGAGGGUGAGGGUGAGGGUGAGGGUCAGGUUGAGGUUGUUGGCCAGGGAUCAGAAUCAGCAGAGCCAGAGGCUUACACGAUUGACGCGGCGAAGCGAAUGAAGUACGAACAACUCUUCCCGGUUGAAUCCAAGAAGUUCGGUUACCAACCCAAACCCAACUUCAACUCCGUUGAGGAUGCCCUCGAUGAUCGCGUCAAGAAGAAGGCUGAUCGUUACUGUAAAUGACUCACUCACACAUUGUAGGUGUGCAAGGGAGUAGUUGAGCAUGCAGCCAUCUUACGGUGUUGUAAUGUGUUCUGUUUUCUAGUUUGGAUACACGUUCGACCUUUGAAUAUUUUGAAUGAAUCAAUAUUAUGCUACUACGCUACGGUAGAAUCAUGUGUAAUUUUAUCUCUCUCUCUGAGUUACAAUGAUUAACCCCUUUAACCAGUGUUUUAAAACCCCAUCCUGGGAUUGAUCCUACUGGGGCACUGACCCCCUAUCUCUGAAGGUUAUAGUCAGCAGUUAGACCUUGCAUGCACGUGACCUCUCUGACCCCAAAUGCUGUUGAAAAAGAAUUUGUAACCGAUAGAUAAAUUUCUAAUAGCAUAACAUAUUAA